AUGCCCAUCUGGGACUCGCUCGGCGGUCGCAAACAAACCCAGGGCUCCGAGUCCUACGACCCUUCCACCCACCAGGAUGCCACCUCCUUCUUCUCCGAGGUCGCCAUUCCCGACCCGACGAAACUGCACCCUCUGGCUGGCUUGAACCAAGACACGCUCGACUAUCUCACCCUCGAAGACUCUGCCCUCGAUGAACUCCCCGGCUCCCGAUCACUUCUGCCAUCCCGGGGCUGGUCCGACGACCUGUGUUAUGGUGCGGGCACGACCUAUCUCACCGCACUCACCCUCGGGGGUGCAUGGGGCCUCGCGGAGGGACUAAACAAGACACCUGCAUCUGCGCCACCGAAGAUUCGUUUAAACGGCGUCCUCAACUCGAUUACCCGCCGCGGCCCGUUCUUGGGCAAUUCCGCCGGUGUCGUGGCUAUGGUGUACAAUGGUUUCAACUCAGCCAUCGGAUACGCGAGGGGCAAACAUGAUGCUGCUAACAGCAUUACGGCGGGUGCUCUGAGCGGGAUGCUCUUCAAGAGUACGCGUGGUUUGAAGCCUAUGAUGAUCUCGGGUGGAAUCGUGGCCACCAUUGCUGGUGCUUGGACCGUCACGAGAAGGGCCCUGUUUUAA